GAAAACGGCGCGGGGGUUCCUGCACCGCCGCCCGCAGCCGCCAGAGGGCGCAGACAGGCUGGGUCCCCGAGCGUCUGUCCCGGGACCCCGCCCUCCCCGGGAUCCAGGGGACCCUCGGACCCUGCCCAUACCUGAACCGGCCGUGACCGCCGGCUUCGAGCCAGCGCCGCGGCCUGCUCUCGCUUGCUGCGCAGACGGGGAAACUGAGGCCCGGGGCGGGAGGGGCGGGGCCGGUCCCCCGCGAGCCGAGCGCCCGCCCCCGGCCGGCCCCGCCCCGGCCAGUAAGAGGCUCCCCGGGCGGGCGAAGGCGCACAGCCGCGCCGGGCCGGCCAGCACCGGGAUGGCAGCGCAGCGGCUGGGCAAGCGCGUGCUGAGCAAGCUGCAGUCUCCGUCGCGCGCCCGCGGGCCGGGGGGCAGCCCGGGGGGGCUGCAGAAGCGGCACGCGCGCGUCACCGUCAAGUAUGACCGGCGGGAGCUGCAGCGGCGGCUGGACGUGGAGAAGUGGAUCGACGGGCGCCUGGAAGAGCUGUACCGCGGCAGGGAGGCAGACAUGCCUGAUGAGGUCAACAUCGAUGAACUGUUGGAAUUAGAGAGUGAAGACGAGAGAAGCCGGAAAAUCCAAGGACUCCUGAAGUCAUGCACAAACCCCACUGAGGACUUCAUCCGGGAGCUGCUGGCGAAGCUACGUGGCCUCCACAAGCAGCCGGGCCCCCGCCAGCCCAGCCCCUCCAGCGACAGCAGCCUGAGCCCCCGCCAGGACCGCGCCCGCACCGGGCACCCCUGACCCCGCCUCCGCACCGCCCGCGGCUUGUUUAUAAGUUGUAUUUAAUGGUCUGUGACAGUGA